GCCUGACCACCAUGCAUUCGGAAGGGAAAAAAAUGGAGAUGAUUCCUACCAAUCUCUUGUUCUGUAUUUCCUCGCUUUUCUUUGUUCUUUUUUGCAGGUUGCUCUCGGUGGAGGCUACGGUGGCUCAAAAUACUAUGGCCUCCGCCACGAUUCCGGUGAAUGUGGGAGUGGUUCUUGAUCUGGAUACGUGGAUUGGGAAGUUAGGGUUGAGUUGCAUCAACAUGGCCAUCUCUGAUUUUUAUUUCAACCAUAGUAACUACAGAACCAGGCUAGUUUUAAAUGUAAAAGACUCUGAGGGAGAGAUUGUUGGGGCUGCCGCUGCUGCUCUGGACUUGAUUAAGAAUGUCCAAGUGCAAGCAGUCAUAGGACCCAGCGAUUCAAUGCAAGCAAACUUCAUGAUAGCCCUCGGAAACAAAUCUCAAGUGCCUAUCAUCUCUUUCUCCGCAACGAGUCCUUUCCUAAUUUCCUCAAUGAGAAGUCCGUACUUUUUUCGAGCAACCCACAACGACUCAUCCCAAGUCAAAGCCAUUAGUGCCAUUGUCCAAACCUUCCGAUGGAGAGAAGCCGUGCCCAUAUAUGUAGACAAUGAGUUUGGAGAAGGGGUUAUACCUUACUUAUCCGACGCUUUAGAAGAGGUUAAUGCUCGGAUUCCUUACCGAAGCGUUAUCUCUCCUAGGGCCACUGACGAGGAAAUUGAAAAAGAGUUAUUUAAGUUAAUGUCAAUGCAAAGUAGAGUGUUCAUUGUUCAUAUGACCCCAGAUCUUGGGUCUCGGGUUUUUGACAAAGCAACAGAGAUUGGAAUGAUGACUCUGGACUUGAUUGAGAAUGUCCAAGUGCAAGCAGUCAUAGGACCCAGCAAUUCAAUGCAAGCAAACUUCAUGAUAGCCCUCGGAAACAAAUCUCAAGUGCCCAUCAUCUCUUUCUCCGCAACGAGUCCUUUCCUAAUUUCCUCAAUGAGAAAUCUUGGGUCUCGGGUUUUUGACAAAGCAACAGAGAUUGGAAUGAUGAGUGAAGGAUAUGUUUGGAUAAUAACUGAUGGGAUGACUAAUCUUUGGAGUUUGAUUCAUCAUUCUGAUCAUAUGGAUUCCAUGCAGGGUGUGUUGGGUGUAAGGAAUUAUGUUCCGAAAUCAAAAGAGUUGGAGAAUUUUAAGGUAAGAUGGAAAAGCAAAUUUGUGCAAGAUAAUCCUAGUAUGUUAAAUGCUGAAUUAGACAAUUUUGGAUUAUGGGCUAAUGAUGCUACAUUUGCACUAGCCAUGGCAGUGGAGGAGGUACUAGGCACCGUAAAAUUCAACUUUGAUGCAUCAAAUCUUGAAUCUUUUGGCCGGAUUUCUCAAAAUGGUCCCAAACUCAUUGAAGCUUUGUCAAAUAUGAGAUUUAAAGGCAUUAGUGGAGAAUUUGGGUUUGUCAAUGGGCAACUAGAGUCCCCAAUUUUCCAGAUUUUUAAUGUAAAUGGAAAUGGUGAAAAGGGGAUUGGGUUCUGGACGUCAAAGGACGGACUAGUUAAAAGACUGAACUCCACUCCUAAUGCUAAUCUUGGAACCAUCAGAUGGCCGGGGGAUUCAUAUUCCAUUCCUAAAGGCUGGGAGAUUCCGAUGAAUGGGAGGAAGUUGAAGAUUGGAGUGCCGGUGGUGAGAAAGGGAUUUGAGGAAUUUGUCAAGGUAAUGCCAUACCCCGUCCCCUACCAAUUCUAUCCCAUUCAAAUGGAAAAGGAUGAAAGCGUCAAUGAUAUAAUCGAUCAAGUCUUUUUUGGGAAGUAUGAUGCGGUUGUGGGAGACAUUACUAUUGUGGCAAACAGGUCAUUGUAUGUUGACUUCACAUUACCAUUUAUGGAGUCCACAGUGGUGAUAGUAGUGCCUAUAAGAAAUAAUACAAACAAGAAUACAUGGGUGUUCUUAAAGCCUUUAUCGAGCGACCUUUGGAUCACCAGCUUUUGCUUCUUUGUCUUCAUGGCAUUUGUUGUUUGGGUUCUGGAGCAUAGAAUCAAUGAAGAUUUCCGUGGACCACCUUUACAUCAUGUUGGAACUAGCUUUUGGUUCUCUUUCUCGACCAUCACCUUUGCACACCGGGAGAGGGUGUUGAGCAAUCCAGCUAGGAUUGUGGUGGUCAUAUGGUGCAUUGUGGUAUUCAUUCUAACGCAAAGCUACACGGCCAACUUAACCUCUCUUUUAACAGUUCAACAGUUGCAACCAGCUGUGACUGACAUAAAUGAGUUAUUGAAGAAUGGGGAGAAUGUUGGGUACCCACAUCACUCUUUUAUCGAGGAAAUAGUCCAAAGGUUGACAUUUGAUCGAUCCAAGAUGAAGAAAUUUACUUCAUUGGAAGUUCUUCAUGAACUGUUUACUAAUGGAAGUAUUGCAGCUGCUAUCGACGAAAUUCCUUAUAUGAACUUGUUUCUGACUAAUAAAAGCCAUUGCAACAAGUACACCACCCUGACAGAACCUACUUUUAAGACCGACGGCUUUGGAUUUGUCUUUCCAAGAGGUUCUCCCCUUGUAGCAGAUGUUUCAAGAGCAAUCCUUAACGUCACUGAAAGCUUUAGAAUAGGGGAUAUUCAAAAUGCAUGGAAGAAACAAACCAAUUGUCCUGAUUCAAGCACCUUGGAUUCUACAAAUAGUCUGAGUCUUGGAAGCUUUUGGGGCCUUUUCCUCGUUGCGGGGUUGACCGGUGUAUUAGCUCUUGUCUACUCUGCAGCGGAGUUUCUAUAUGAGCAAAGGGAUGUGUUGCGCAAGUGUGACCCGAGAAUUUCAAUAUGGAAUAGAAUUCUUCAAGUAUUGCGAAACUUCGACCAUAGAGACCUGACCUCGCAUACCUUCGGGCAGCGUGGAUUAAGAGAGGAAGAUAGCAAUAUUGAAAUCAUUCCAGUUAGAGGUGCUGUUGAACACCCCGUUGAGAUCCAUGUUGAAGCCCCUGUUGAGAUCCCUGUUGAAGCCCCUGUUGAAAACCCUGAUGAUAAAAGUGGCGCAGCAACAUCCGAGGAAAUAGAAAUUCAUCAUGCUAGCACAAACAGCUCAUGAAAAGCUUAGCUCAAUAACAGUAACAACACUAGUGUGGUUUCUAAUCUUUUAUAUGGGUUUUCAUCCAAGUUAGGCUUUUGUAUUGGGUUGUGUUUGUAUGUUAUGCACAAUAUAUAAUUGUAGUAGUUGUAAUCUUUAGUAUGUAUGCAUGUACUUCACAUAAAAUUAAAACAUAUGC